UCACGUACUGCGCAGGCGUUGUUUGUUGUUAGGUUGUCAGGGCAGCCAUCAGCCAGCUAACAAGGGAUUAUAGCAGCCGUUUAACCAUGGAACAUUGCUUUAUUUGAAAUAGAGUCACGAUAUAUACAUCUGCAAGAUCUUGGGUAAACUCCGAAACAAUUUCUAUUCAAUUUCUCAUCAAACGAGCGAUGCUUUUCAUUUGAAUUAGCACUGGAUGCUAGGUAGCAUCAACAUCUAGAUAAUGCUGGCGAUUUACAGCGACAAGCAGGUUUAUGCUUUCUAGGCAGCAAUGGAGAAUGUUUUAGAAAGUGAAGACCAGCAUGAGGAAACAUCCUGCGACGAUGUUAAUCCGGCGUUACGCUUCAGCCCUCCGCUGCGCCCCUCAAUACGGAUGCCCGUGCAGAGAAGCAGCGUCUGCUCUCGAGCUUACUUCGUGGUGGUCAUGGUCUUCUUCCACGUCUAUAUCCUGAAUGUCAUCGCCCUGCUGCUCUAUGUGCACUACAACAACGGCCAUGGAGAUCUGAGCGGUGGCGAUCGGGGGUCUUCCGCACCAAGCAGUGAGGAUGGGAGACCUUUCCCGCAACCUGCUCCACCUCCGCCCGCUAAAGAGCCACUUGCUGGCGAAUCUAGACUGAGCUUCACUCUUCCACGCAUUGAGGGUAUUCGAGUCGGACACGUUCAGUCUGUGUCACUUGUCUCCAGCAAAACGCACAAGAUGAAGACACUAAGCCUGAAACCACUGUUGUUUGAGAUCCCUGACUUCUUGUCUGAAGAGGAAUGCCGAGUGGUGGUGCAGCUGGCUCAGCUGAAGGGUCUGAUGGAGAGCCAGGCGACGUUGUUCGGCCAGGAACAAGAGGAGUCCAACCAGCCGCUGCUUUCCCUCAGCACAGGCGAGGUCUUCAGUCUGCUGGACCUCAAUCAGGACAAGCUACUACAGAGGGAAGAGAUCGUGACUCAUUCACGUUCUCGAGAUGGAACUUGGCUCAGCCCUGACAGCUUACGGCAAAUACUUGCGGCUCUGGAGUCUUGCACAACAGGGAUGCUGACCCUGGAGGAGUUCAAGCAGGUUUACAAUCCAUCUCAGCGUGCUGGACAACAGCAGAGCGCGAAGCUGUGGAGCCAUUUCAAACAAAAGAGCAAGCACACGUGGCUGCAUCAAGGCGCCGGAUCUCACCAUGUGCUCCAGACACUCCGCAAAAGGGUCACAACUCUAACGCGUCUGCCCGCGACCCUGGUCGACAUGAGUGAGCCCCUGCAGGUCGUUCGCUAUGCUCCUGGGGACUACAGUCAUGCCCACCAUGACAGCAGCCCCUCCCACCCAGAGACGAGCUGCGCUCACACGCGGCUGGCUGGAAACAGAUCCACGCUGACGGAGGUCUCAUGCAGGUACCUCACUGUGUCAUUAUUCCUCAACUCUGUCGAUGAAGGAGGUGACGCCACAUUUCCAGUGGCAGAUAAUCGAACUUACGAGGAGCAGUGGCUGAUCCAAGAUGGAGUAGAUUUAACUGACACACAAGAGACAUGCUUUAGGGGCAACCUGAGAAUAAAGCCUUCUGCUGGAACUGCGCUUCUCUGGUAUAACCAUCUCUCCGAUGGCAGAGGCUGGAUGGGAGAGCUUGAUGAGUACUCCCUGCAUGGAGACUGCCCAGUCAGUCGCGGCCUGAAGUGGGUGGCCAACAGCUGGGUGAACGUGGACCCGGAUCUUCAGCAACAGACUCGAUAUCAAAGACUGGUGGCUCAAAGGCGCAGCUCAGGGAGGGAGGAGCACUACCAGCCUCUGUCACACAGCGAGCUCCACCAGGAUCUAUAGCUACGCUACUGGAGUCAGUCCCGAAGAAACAUAGACAGACUUGAGCACAUCACUAAAGCUGUUUUAGAAUGAAUGACUUCUCGCUACAUCUGUCAAUAUAUCAUCCAAACUUUCCUGGUUAAGUUCUUAACCAUUUUGCUUCCAACACUUGAUAAAUGCAAAGCUCUAAUGAGCAGGUCAUCGUAUUUAAGUGCAAUAUCGCCAAUCAAAACAUGAAUACAUUUCAUCAACACAGUUAUUCUUAUUUAUCGACCAUCUAUUUAAGGGUUUUUCAGUAUUUAAUUUGUUGCUUGUUGUUUGUCUAAGUCUAUUUUUAUUUAUUCCAUUUGAGAAUAUUUAUUUAUGAUGUUAUUUAUCAUAUUAUUUAUUUCACAUAUUUAUUACUGCUUGAUGUUGCACUGAGUCUGUCACUGCGUUUUACUGUUUCAAA